AUGGCGGUCCGAGACGAAGAAGGGACGGUUGCUGGCAACCACGGAAGGGACACAGGAGCGGGGGCGCGCUCGUCUCCUCCUUCUGUGUCCCCCCUAUCUCCCUCCCUCUCUUCAGACGAAGAAGACGCGCCGCCGCUUCUGCUGCACCAGCCGCCAUCGGGUUUGCCUCCGCUUUCGUCUCCCCGGUCUCCUUCCGCGUCUGCGUCGUCCUCUUCGCGUGCGGGUUCAGUGCCCGUGACGAUUGUGUCGGGUCUUUUGGGAGCAGGCAAAACGACCCUUCUGCGCGCCCUCCUUUCGGGCGUCAUUCCGCACACUCUGCGCAUUCUAGCCAUUCAAAACGAGUUCUCCAUUCAGGGCGGCGUGGAGGCGCCUCUGCGUGUUGCCCUCCAGAAGACGCCGCCCCCCCCCUCCGGGUCACCGCCCCGCACACCGCCCUCAACCGACGGCCCUCCCGCAUUGGGAGGCGACGAGGCGGUGGGGGGAGCGGAUGACGCCGACGGGCUACUGCCCGAGACGGUUUACCAGUUGCCAAAUGGCUGCAUCUGCUGCAGCAUCAAAGACGAGCUCAUUAAGACGCUGGAGGCCCUUCUGGCCAAGUACCCCGACACGUUUGACUACAUCGUCGUGGAGGCGAGCGGCGUCGCGACGCCUCAGCAACUCGUGGAGGCCUUCUGGCUUGAUGAGCCUCUACAGGACCGCAUGCAUCUCGACGGCCUCGUGACCCUCGUGGAUCCGACCAACUUGCCACAGCGCCUCCUCCAGUUUCGCCAAGGUUCUCAAGAGAACGCCCCCACCGAGACCCGAUCGCCUCCCGGCGACUCGAGGGGUGGAGCGCCUCCGGCUUCCUCUCUGUCGCCUACGGCGCCUCCUUCUCUUGCGCCGCCCUCGUCUUUCUUCCGCGAUCUGUGGAUCAAGCAAAUCGUGUGCGCGGACAAGCUGGUCAUCACGAAGCGCGACGUCGCCUCUGCGUCGCAGAUGGAGGAGACGCUGGACGCCUUGCGCAUUCUGAACCCUCUCGCGUCGCGCACCUGUGUAAGCCUGAGAGACGCUGCCGGGGCUGAGAGGUCUCCGCAGAUAGGCGUGAGCGAGAUUCUGCACCUGAAGGCCUACGAGCGCGGCUCGGCCUCGCGACAGAUGAGACUGACUCAACGCAGCUGCGUGGGAGAGGGAGAGGACGAUUCGACUCAGGCGCAGGCCCGCGACGGGGGACGCAAUGGCGACACGCGAGAGGGAACUAGAGGCUCAAGACGGCGGUGCGACUGGAGGACGCGAGAGGCCUCCGACUCCGGCGAUCACGGCCUGCGGCUUCGAGGGACGGAGACGCAGGAUCAGGGGAGGCAAGCGCAGGCAAAAGAAGAAGGCGAUGCGUCGAGUCGACCCGGUGGUGAGGGGGGAAGGGAGCAUGGAACGGCGAACGCAUGGGGCAUCAGCAGUCACUACAUUUCGCUUUAUUCCUCUUUACCGAAAACGCGCCGCAGCGAGAACGCUCACACACCGCAGGCGGACCACGCAGAUCGGAGGGUGGCGGUCGAUACGCCCCUAGGCUCGACGUACAAGUUGUUCUCCGUCCGUCGUCUGGAGCGUCUCCUCAGCAGUCUCCUGUGGUCAGACGAGGGAGGGCAGUCUCAGAGUGCUGUCCCAUCGGCGCUUUCUUCUUUCUUCCCGUCGACAGUUCUCGCGCCGCAGGAGACUGUUGUCUACCGGUGCAAAGCGCUCUUCGUUGCGUGGCUGGACGAAGAGGAUAAAGAUGAAGAGGAGCCUCGCCAAGAGAGAGGAGACCUCGGGCGCGACGCGGCGCGAAAGAGGCGCGGAGGCGAUGCUGCGCCCUGGGGCGUUUUUGAACUGCAGGGCGUGGGGCGUGUCUUUGAGAUCAGUCCAGUUCGGGACGGCAAAUGCCUGGCAAGCCUUGUGGCAAACAGGGCUGCGAAAGACGCGGACGAGAAAGCUAGGCACGUCGAGGAAGGCGCCGACGGAUCAAGGACGAAAGGCGAACCGGCAUGUGCACAUUCCCCCUGCUGCCGCGGGUCACACACACACACUUGCCCAGCCGCCAGCCCCGAGGCUGCAGGGGGGGGCAGCGGACAUGAAGACGAAUUAGAGACAACGAGAGAAAACAAGGACGCGGAAGACGCGCACACCGUUGUGAAUAGGUUUCUCUUCGUUGGUACGGGGUUGUCCUCGGCGAUGCUCAGGGCCAUGCUGCAGGAAGAAGGCCUCGAGGCGCGCCAAAUCUCGUAA